CUGAGCCCCGAGCCCCGAGCCCCGAGCCCCGAGCGAGCGCAGCUGCCGCCUUGCGCCAGCGGGUCGCGGACACGCCGCCGCCAGGAAGGCAGCAGGCGCCCAGCAAGUUGCGAGCGCGCCGAUCUGCCCGGGGAAAGUUUCCCCCGCGGCUGGGAGUUGGCGCGGGGUCCGGCCGCUGCAGCUGAAAAGAGUAUCUCCUGAAGUCACCAUCAGAAAGAGCCCUCAAGAGAAUCUGGACACCACUGAAAGGAGAAUAUACCAGUUGAAAGAGGUGGGCAUCUCCUGGACAGCCCUGAGCUUGCAGUGGCAAGAGCCUCUGACAUCAUCGUCAAAGCAACUUGAACCCUUGGAAUUUGGCUUCUAGAGACGCAGUCCUUUCCCAGACGCCAGCCACUCAGGACAAGCUGGGCCAAUAAAAGAAAUAUAUAGCAGCCCCUCUGACCAGGAGACUCCGUCCUGCUUACGCCUGAAGAACUGCCCAGGGAGAGCAUCAUGGAAGGCGACUGUCUGAGCUGCAUGAAGUACCUGAUGUUUGUUUUCAAUUUCUUCAUAUUUCUGGGUGGGGCCUGUCUGCUGGGCCUCGGCAUCUGGGUCAUGGUGGACCCCACAGGCUUCCGAGAGAUCGUGGCUGCCAACCCCUUGCUCAUCACGGGCGCCUACAUCCUCCUGGCCAUGGGGGGCCUGCUCUUUCUGCUCGGCUUCCUGGGCUGCUGCGGGGCCAUCCGGGAGAACAAGUGUCUGCUGCUGUUUUUCUUCCUGUUCAUCCUGGUCAUCUUCUUGGCGGAGCUUUCGGCGGCCAUCCUGGCCUUUAUCUUCAGGGAAAAUCUCACCCGUGAAUUCUUCACCAAGGAGCUCACCAAGCAUUAUCAGGGCAACAACGACACAGAUGUCUUCUCUGCCACCUGGAACUCGGUCAUGAUCACGUUUGGCUGCUGCGGGGUCAAUGGACCUGAGGACUUCAAGUUUGCAUCGGUGUUUCGACUCCUGACUCUGGAUAGUGACGAGGUGCCCGAGGCCUGCUGCCGGAGAGAGCCCCAGACUCGGGACGGGAUCCUGCUGAGCAGGGAGGAGUGCCUCCUGGGAAGGGACUUGUUCCUGAACAAGCAGGGCUGUUACACGGUGAUCCUCAACGCCUGCGAAACCUACGUCUACCUUGCCGGAGCCCUCGCCAUCGGGGUGCUGGCCAUUGAGCUUUUCGCCAUGAUCUUCGCCAUGUGCCUCUUCCGAGGCAUCCAGUAGAGGGCGUGGCCUGAAGACUCACCCCGCCCACCAACUGCCCCGCACCCAAUGCUCUCCCCUUCCCCGACACCCUUCCCCCCUUAAUCCCGGGGGAGGAGGUGAGGCCACUGUGGGUGGCCAGGAGAAGGGGCAAGGGGAAAUAGCUAUUUUUUUAACAAAACAAAAUGACAAAACUAUGGACUGAUGUACUCAGCCUGGAUUCUGGGGUGCGGGCCGUGGGCUCUCUGCGUCCGGGAUGCAGUCUGCACCAGAGACCAAAGGAACACCAGUCCCAGGUCCCCUCCUCGGCCCAGCGGGACUCUGGCAGCCCUGGGCCUGGGUCGUCUCACAGCUUCAGAACCCGGUGCCAAGAAAGGGAGGACUUAGGCAACAAGAAGGCAAAAGGCAAACCUCGGAGAGAGGUCCCCACAGCCCAGGGGCCCCAAGGAGCCUUGGUCACCACGUCCUUGAGAACUCAGCACCUACUCACAAUCCUGGGUCCUGCGGUCGGUGGAAUUGCCCCUGCUCUUGCUCAGGCUGAGGGUGGGCUGGGGACACUGGAUCCAAGAAUGGCCCAGCCGGUGGGGUCCUUGCUUUCCCCAGCUGUUGGACUAAAUAAUCUGGAAGGCCCAGAGUCUCACCCACAGUCACGCCGCACAUGCAUGACAUCCUGAACAAGCACUGGGUUGUCUCCAGGCUGCCUGACACUCCGUCCAGCAGAUCUGCUGCUCACACCCCUCCCUGGCCUUGGCAGCGUGGUCUCCCCAGGAGGGGAGGGCAGGCAGGCCAGGAAUGGUCUCUUCCCAGUUCCACAGCUAAGAAAAUUCCAGACUGUCCCCCCUGCCCUCCCUCCCACCUCCUCACACUUCUCAGCCCCCAGGAGCACACGUACACGCACCAGGGUCCCUUUUCCAUGCUACCCAUCUCCCCUUGUAAGCCCAUCCCCUUCCCUGUUCUCCACCAACUCCCUGGCUCCCAGGGCCGGAAGGAGCCCCCACCCCCGAGAUCACCUGGUUCUCUCCUCCCCUAGAACUGUGGCCUGGAUAUCUUCUGUAAGACCACUGCCGAGAUCUCCACCCUCUUCUUGCACACCUCUGGGGACGGGGAGUUUACUACCUCCCAGGACAGCACUCUGCCUCUGGGCUGCUGGCCUGAGCAUCAGCUUAAUAUACAGGAGAGACUUCUGUUUUUCCAUGGUUCCAUCCAAGGCGUAGCCCUUGCUCCUUAAGUGUUAAGGCUGCCUGUUGUCUCCAGGCUAAAGAACUCCAGGGCAUCUCAUAAUUUCUGCCGUGCCAUGGACUCCUGUCUCUUCACCAUCCAUAGCACAUUCCUGAGGGCUCCCUGCAGGCUCAGGCAGGAAGAGGUUUUCCCACAGACUGACACCCACACGGCACCCACAAAUCAGCCCCUCAUCACACAGACCUCAAAUUCCAGACCAGCGCUGGCACCUGGAUUGCAAGACGCCUCAACCCUGACGGUCUGGGAGGUCUUGAUUUGGGGGAGGGAUGGGCUGGCGGAGGCUGUGCAGGGGAUCCGAGGCUUGGGCUGGGCCCAGGGGGAGAGGCAGUGCAAUCCAUUAGUGAUGUCUGCCAGGCACCUGGAGCUUGAUUAGUGCUGUCUGCCACAGGUGUGGGAGAGGGAGGGGUGGUACCGUGCCUGACCUGCUCUUCUCCGUCUCUUCAGGGCCCAGGCCAUGGCCUUGUGGCAGCUUCCCAUCUCCCCUCCUGCUUUCCAGCCACUCCUGGGGAGAGCAGUGGCCCAGAGCCCAGCGCUGCCCUGCUCUGCCACCUGCCUUCUCCUGAGGUGCAGCCAGAGCUCUGUGCCUGCUGUAAAGAUUGGGAUAGACCUCCCAUUUCUCCCUUUCCACCUCCCACCGUCCUUCUGUCCCCACCAACUGGGUCUUUCCAAGUUUCCUGGAACAGCCUGCCCUGGUGACUCCGUGAUGCCACAAGCUCCCUAGAAACUGGGCAUCCCGGGAUCCAAGGGGCCCGCAGCUGGCACCCCAGCCCAGCCUGAGGAGGGCCUGCCCUUCAAGAUCCACCAGCUUCUUGGAACAGUCAACUGGCUGGUCUGAGGUUGAGCGGGGGAGAAGAGGUCAAAUUGGGCAGCUGUGUGGCAGGAGCCCAGGGCGGUGCAGGAAAACCUGGGGUCUGGGAGGUAAGGAGCACAGGCCUGGCACGGCAACACCGCUCCUCCAGCCUCUUCCCCUGCACCUGUUCAGGGCCCCACAGUGGUUUGAGGGGAAGGUCACGGGGAACCAUCCGGCUGAGCGGCUCACGCACAGACGUGAGGCUCUUUCGUCAAGGGCUUUCCAGAAAGGUAGCAAAGAAUACUGAACCUGACCCCCUCCCUCCCAUCCCCUGGGCACACUCUGAGGCUGGAAAGGGAAAGCAGGACACUUGCUCAGGCAGGUAGCUAUUUGCAAGGCUGCCAGUGGCUGUUCUGAGGCACGGGGCAAGGCUGGGUGGGGCAUGGAAAAAGAAAGCCCUGCCCCAACCCAAGGAGCCCGCUUGGCCUCAUCUCGGCUGGGCUGGGCUGGUCCAGGUAGAGCCCACACGCUAUUGCUGGGGGCGGGU